AUGACACCUAAUCGAGGAAAAAAGGUUGGUAACCUUUCUUGCAGCAUCACUUCAGAAACGGGAAUCAACUGUGAUGAUCCAAAGAUGUCUCCCUGGCUACAAAGAAAAAAGUCAACAAACCAAGAGCAACCUUUGGUAUCCAAUGGUCAAUAUGACACAUAUCCUGAGGAAGGUGAUAACACAGACAUUACCAAGGUGAAUGGCAUCGAUCCUUCCGAACUGACCAAAGAUGAAAAAGAACCUAGUGGUCUCAAAAAGAACAUUAGUUUGUACAAAGGACUAUUCUACUCGUCAAUGUCAAGUGUCUUCUUCUCUCUGUCUUCUGUUAUUGUGAAAUAUGUGAAAGACAUUAGUCCAGGUGAAUUGGCUGUUCUGAGGUUCAUGGGGAUUUUGAUAUUUACCCUUCCUCUUGUGAUAUACAGCAGAGAAGAACCGUUUGGACCGAGGCCCGUCAGGCACCUGUUGGUGUUCCGAGGCUUGGUCGGAGCCACCAGUUUGUUUUUACGUUUUGUUGCUUUUCGUUAUCUCCCCAUUGCUGAUGCUUCUGUAAUAAUUUUUAGCAUUCCAGUAUUUGUUGCUGUUUUAGCCCGUAUUUUCCUGAAGGAACCGUGCGGUUUCUUUCAUGCAUUUACUGUAUUUUUAACUCUGCUGGGUAUUGUUCUAAUUACUAAGCUACCCGUGAUUCUGGCAGAUGAAUUAGUUCACUACGGUACAACUCACUAUUACGGUAUAGGUGCAGCCUUAGGUUCCACAGUUUUCGGAGCUAGCGUAUAUGUCGUCAUAAGAAAAAUGACUGGAGUCCAUCAUGCCAUAAUUAUGUUCAAUUUCGGUUGGGUUGCCAUUCUAGAAACUGUUAUUUUAACGUUUGCCACUGGAAGUUUCACUGCUCCUUCCUGCGGGUUGGAGCAAUAUCUCGUUAUUUUGCUGGGAAUUUUCAGUUUUUGUGGUCAGAUGCUCUUGACGUUGGCAUUGAAGCAAGAACACGCAAGUCCCGUGGCAAUCGUCAGAGCUGCGACCGACAUCGUCUUGGCAUUCUUUUGGCAAGUGUGGUUCUUCAAUGAGAUUCCCGACAUCUAUAGUAUAUCUGGUGCUCUCCUUGUUAGCUCUUGUGUUGUACUCAUAAGUGUAAGAAAAUGGGUUAUGUCCUUACCUGAGCACUCAUCUAUCAGGAAGAAAGCUUAUUUAUUAACCAUUUAGUUCACUACAUCUAGCAAAUUACUUUCUACACGAACACUGAUAGUUUUUCUUUUAUUGAAUUGAACAGAAAGACUGCACUCAUUAUUUUUUAGAUGGGGCCAGUUUCAAAUUAACCCUUACAGCACCAUAAACUCACUUCUGCGUGGAAAUUAUUCCGUCUUUUCUCCGAUAACUAAUUACAGUAUUGCCUUGAUUAACCGAAAAGAUCUAGACCGUGCAACCUUCGGUAAAUCAAAAAUUCUAUACAAAAGUGAGCACUUAAUAGCUGUUUGGAGACGGUGGAAACAAUUUCUCUCAAAUCAAAAUCUGAAUCGUAAAUUUAAAGAGAAUUAAUAUAGUGUUAAAUCCUUUUGCAAGGGGUGACAUUUUCAUGCUUAUAUUUGCACUUUAUUCCCGGAAUUUUAAAUUUUGUCUUCUCAUUGUGAUAUUUUUGAGUAUAAGGAACUUUUUUGUAUCAUAAUAUAAAGUAUGAACUUUCUAAAACCAAAAAAAAAAAAAAAAAUGUGCUUAUAACUCAUAUAAAUCAUUUUUUAAAGACUAGAAAUUUAUUGAGAAAAUUGAUACUACAUAUUAGGAUACGUAAUGAUUAUUUUUAUGUUCAAAUAUAUAUCAUUUUUAAACUCUGGGGACAAAGUGCAAAUAUAUGUGCAAAAAUGUCACCAUGUGCAAAUGGAGUGAGUAGUAGUUCACUUAAAGACUUUUCUCUAAUGCGUUAUUAAUAAUUUGACUCAACAUAAAUACAUAGUUAAUAAAAAAAUACUUUACUUUCACAUUCGAUCCCUUUUUAAAAUCAGUAACAUUUUAAAAGUUAGAAUUAUUUAGCAUUCUAAAAAUUAACUAAUGAUUUUGAAAAAAAAGAAAAGAAACCACCAAAAAACAAAAGUGGUAGAAAUGCACAGAUGGAUGCAGUGUAAAAAUAGCUGCCAGUGGUGAUCUUAAAGUGAUCUUGUUUACUUACACAAAAAAUAAAAUUUUAGGAAACAGACUUCUGUUAAACAAGGUUGCGGUUAAGAGUUUUGGAUAAUUUAGGUUCUACUUUACUUCAGUUUCCUGGUGACUAAAUGUAUAAUAAGAGGGAAAAUCAAAGAGGAAAGGUUUUCUUUUAGUAGAAUUUACAAAAGAUGUUUUUCGAGUUUUUCCCAUCCCAUGUAAUUAACAAUUUCGAAUUUGAUUCUAUUGUAGCAGUUAAUAAAAUCUUCAAAUUAGGUUCAAAAUAAUUUAAUGUUUUAAAUUUUUGAUUAGUGUAUUGAAUUUGAAUCGGGCCCCUGGAGAUUGAAGUACGGAGCUUACUAAUUGAACAUUUCAUUUGUUUGUAUAGUACCUAACUCAUUUAUUGGGUUAGAAUAUCACUUAAGUAUGAAGUGCAAUUUUAAAGAAAUAAAAUUUCUUUUGGGUGAUAAAAUUUGUGAAUAUAUAAAUCAGAUAUACUUAUUAUUUAUUUAAAUGAUUGAAUUUAUGUUUAUGUUGUUGAUUUUUAUUUAUGCAACUAUGGUUUGUAAUUUUUAUUAAUUGUUUCUUUGUAUUAAAAAUACUUAUUUGUUUUUAGAUUUCUUAUAUUUAUUAAAUUUUAACAUAAUUAUCUAGUCAUUAAAUUGUUCAAAAAGCUGAUUGAAAAAACAAAAUCAAAUUGUUUAUACUCCCACUGCUUGAAAUUACUUGUAAAUGUUUUUUAAACAUUUAUAUUUACAAAUUUUAGUAAUACUUUAAUUUUCACUUGUGCCUUCAAGUUUGAAAUUAUUUA